AUGGCCUCCCCCGUGUUCGACCAUAGCAAGGUUACCGUCGUUUUCGUGCUAGGAGGGCCCGGCGCAGGGAAAGGCACCCAAUGCGCCUAUCUCGUAGACGAUUUCGGCUUCUGCCAUCUCUCUGCCGGCGACUUGCUGCGUGCGGAACAACACCGUGAAGGCUCGGAAUUCGGUCAAUUGAUUCAAACAUGCAUUAAAGAGGGCACCAUCGUUCCCAUGGAAGUCACCAUAAAGCUAUUGGAGAACGCGAUGAGCGCUGCGUUGAAAGAGGGCCGGGCGGGCGAUGGAUGGAAAGAGGGGCGGGGCCGCUUCCUUGUUGACGGUUUCCCUCGUAAAAUGGACCAGGCCCUAAAGUUCGAUGACGAGGUUUGCAUGGCAUCGGCCGUGCUCUUCUUCUCCACAACUGAGGAGGUGAUGCUUUCACGUCUUCUCGAACGCGGUAAAACAAGUGGCCGCGAAGACGAUAAUGCAGAGAGUAUCAAGAAGCGAUUCAGCACGUCCCUCCCUCUCAAUUUCAGGGUCAAAACUUACACCCCGCAACUGGGCCGCGUAAUUGAGAUCGACAGCAGCCCCGCCGUCGAGACAGUCCACGCGAGAGCGAAAGAGGCGGUAGGAAAGCUAUUGCCGCUGUGCAAACAAGCCGACCAUCAGACUCGAUCUUGGAUAUGA